AGUUCUCCCCACUGUGACUCUCAAACCCUCUAAAGUGACCAUGCAGAAAGGGUUAAAUGUGACGCUGGUGUGCAACACCUCAGGAAUGCCAACACCGACUCUGAACUGGACCACCUGCAAAUUAAAUUCAACGUACGAGCAGGAGCGCUCAGGUCAGAUGUCAGAGUUCAGACUUGUGAAUGUCUCUUCCCUGGACAACGGAUGCAAAAUCGCCUGCAGGUCUGAAAACAUGGUGGGAGAGGCUGAGGCCUCUGUGGAUCUGGACAUACUGUUUUCACCUGUAAUCAGCAAGCUGAUGGAUGCGAUCUCGGACCACCACUGGUGCAUUCCCUUCAGCGUGUCGGGCAACCCAGAGCCUAAACUGAGCUGGUUAUUAAACGGCAAACCCGUGGAGGAGGGUCCCUUUAUCCGCACCAUGGUCCACGAUUACUCAGAGGGCGAGUACCACGGCUGCUUACACCUGGACAGUCCCACACACAUCAACAAUGGAAAAUACACGCUGCUGGUCAGUAAUACAUACGGAGAGGACCGCAAGGCAGUAUUCGCGCAUUUCAUGCAUGAGCCGUGGAACGAAUCAGUUACUGAUCCGCUGUAUUAUGAUCCCACUACAGAUGACACUCCUCUUGGACCGCCUGAGGACAAAGUCGCUGUGUACGUGGUCGUGGGAAUUGCGGCGGUCACAUUCACAGGCUUCAUCUUGAUGCUCGUCAUUCUGAAGUUUGGACGCAACUCAAAGUUUGGAAUCAAAGGUCCUUCCUCAGUCAUCAGUAAUGAUGAUGACUCCGCCAGUCCUCUUCAUCAUGUGUCCAAUGGCUCUAACACACCCUCGUCCUCUGACAUGAACGCGGAUGCCGUCAUCAUUGGCAUGACCAAGAUUCCCGUCAUAGAGAACCCGCAGUACUUCCGCAGCACCAGCAGUCUGCUCAAAUCUCAUACAUUUGUUCAGCACAUUAAGAGGCACAACAUUGUACUGAAGAGGGAACUCGGAGAAGGAGCGUUUGGGAAAGUGUUUCUGGCCGAAUGCUACAACCUGUCCACAGAUCAGGAGAAGAUCUUAGUGGCUGUCAAGACUUUGAAAGAGGCCAGCGAGAACGCCAGGAAGGACUUCCAUCGUGAAGCUGAGUUGUUGACUAAUCUGCAGCACGAACACAUCGUCACAUUCUACGGAGUGUGUGUUGAGAGCGAUCCACUUAUUAUGGUGUUUGAGUACAUGAAACACGGCGACCUCAACAAGUUCCUUAGGGCUCAUGGUCCUGAUGCAGUCCUGAUGGCUGAUGGACAGGUGCAGCAGCAGGCAGAGCUCACUCAGUCUCAGAUGCUGCAUAUUGCACAGCAGAUCGCCGCAGGCAUGGUGUAUCUGGCUUCCCAGCACUUUGUUCACAGAGACCUGGCCACACGAAACUGCCUAGUCGGGGAGAAUCUCCUGGUGAAGAUCGGAGACUUUGGGAUGUCCCGAGAUGUCUACAGUACGGAUUACUAUCGGGUUGGAGGCCAUACCAUGCUGCCAAUCCGCUGGAUGCCACCAGAAAGUAUCAUGUACAGGAAGUUCACCACGGAGAGUGACGUUUGGAGUCUGGGAGUAGUGCUGUGGGAGAUCUUUACCUAUGGUAAACAGCCCUGGUACCAACUGUCAAAUAAUGAGGUAAUUGAGUGUAUCACCCAAGGUCGUGUACUGCAGCGACCCCGGACCUGUCUGAAGGAGGUGUAUGAUUUAAUGCUGGGAUGCUGGCUGAGAGAACCGCACACCCGACUCAACAUUAAAGAGAUCCAUAACCUGCUCCUCAACCUGGCCAAGGCAUCACCGGUGUAUCUGGACAUCCUGGGAUAAGAGCGCACGUGCCAUGCGUGGGACUGCGAUUGGAUUCCUGAAACUGCCCCCUCCUCUAUCUCACCCAAAAUCUCUUUCUUCUACAGCUUUAACAUCUCCUUCCUUGUCCACCUCCUCGUCAACUGCACCAACUUCUCAAUAUGAAAUGGAAAUGGGAUGUUGUCCAUGUACAAUGACUACGAAUGAUGUAUUUCUGAACAAAAAUGGAUUGAAUGGAAAGAGCCGCAUUGAAGUGACUAUAGUUUAGUUACUAAGAAUACAAUUUUCAACCAUUCUCAACUUCUGGAGCAAGUUCACACCUGUAAAUUCCAUUUUGGGAAAAAUGCAUUCGGGACUUGAGGAAGGGCGUCCCUCUUAAUAACAAAGAGGAAACAGCAGCUCCAUAAACAAUGACCAAACACAAAUGUGAGGAGAAGUAAACAACUUUUAAGCCCAUCAGAUUCCAGUCGGCUCCCACCUGUUACAUCCUUAAUCCGAUACAAAGCACAGAACCUGAAAUUAGCAUGGUGACCAACAGUGACAAACUGCGACUAUAUCUAAAUGUAUACAUGUCUGUUUAUGGAACUGGACGCUACCAAUGUAGUUUCACAGUUGAGCGACUUUAAUUAAAAGCUUCUGGACGCUGACAGGAUGUUGUUGCUGCCGAUCUCAUCUGAAAUGGAGAAGUAACUCACUAAAAUGUGUCUAUAACAUAGGCGUUAUUUAUAGUGAGACACGUACCCACCACUUUUUCCAGGGCCAAUUUUGUCCAUCCAUUUCCACCAACUUUGUCCCACCACUUUAUGAAAUAGUUUAGGGUUAUGACGAGUGCAGUGGACAUGUCUCCAAUUGUCGAGCAAAGGUUUCAAUUUUGUUAAAAUGAGUAGCGAUCUGGUGAUGGAAUUAGUUAUGAUUUUCUGACAUUUCUAUACAUAAUGUCACAUUUUACUUUUGACUUGAGCACAUACUCUACUACUGACCUGAUUUCCAGAUCAAUGCUUCAUAUUUAUAAGAUCAUUAUUAACCUUAUUAAUGUUCAUAAGCUAAGCCUUCACCAUUUUGUGAUGUUACAACCAGCAUGUCUGUUUUCUGCCCCUGUGCCCACCACAAAAUCAACGCUAUGUCUUCAGGUUUGUACACGACAUGUGCUACGGAGGGCUAGAUGGAGUCAUUUGAGAGUACCGUCAGCUUGCAUUUCUUACAGGAGCUUAAUUACACAAAGUGGCCGAUUAUGAUGGUGCGGGCUAAAUUACGACCUUUGCUUUCUCUCAUUCUCGAUCGCCAUGUUUUACUACUGAGUGGAAGCACUAAUGUAGUACUCAAGCUUGCUUGGUUGUGCAACUGCUAUAGUGUAAUAUAUAUUUCAUUACAGGACAAAUGUCUUCUAUUAGCAGCAACUCCCUCUAGACUCAUAUGCGCUAUCAGUGGGGAAAAGAGGAGAGACAGGAGGGGACAGGAUGGAGAGAAUGAGACGAGGGGAGGAAAAUAAUGUUAAACAGAGAUAAACAUGAGUCACCUCACUAAAACCCACAUUUCUUCUUCCUUUUAUUGUACAUAGAUGAUUAUAACUAUUUAUUACUAUAGAGAUCCUAUCCCAGCAUCCUUUUUGUUUGAGUUCAUUAUUGCACUGUCAAUCCCUCUCCUAUUGGAGACUUUGCACACUGGACUCAAUGGCAUGAAUUUGUGAACACAAAUCUUCAGUUUUUGAGCGAAAAGUCCCAAAAAUUGUUUACACAAGGAAUUAGUUUAUUAAUUAAUUUAUUUUUUGGAAAUAAGAAUUGUAAUCUUUAAGAUAUGUAACUUUUUAAAACAAAUUUAUUUUGUACUUAAUGUGAAGCACAUUUGUUUUUGACUUUUGCCUGUAA